AACGUAGCCGAACGAAGGGCUCAUUGGAUAAUCGGAUGGUCGAAGGCGAUCGAGAAAUUUAUUUUGUUACCUUAAAUAUAUUUUAUAUAAAUUAGACUUGUAGAUUAGUUUCAUAUUUAAAAUUACUGAUGGAGAAAUACUUCAUAUCAGUCAUUAGUCGCCAUCUUGAUGUGAAAUAUGCUUUAUAAAUAACAUGCUUCUUUCUUAUUUUCUGAGCAAAAUCUUUUAAAUGUGUAACUUUUUUAAUAGAAGUUUAUGUUAAAACAAUAUGGCUUCAAACAUUAAUGUUAAGAGUAUAAAUGGAUUAAAAGUGGUGAAACAUCUCCUUGUUUGGUAUGUCUGUCGUAUUUGUGAGCUAAAUAAAUUUAAGCGUAAAUUGACACCACUGCUUUUACGCUGCUGUCAACGAAUUGGCGCAACGUUCAUGCACAUGGCUUGGGCCAUGAAAAUAUGGAUGGAACAGUUGCAUCGGAAGUUGGCUGUGAAACAAAGGAUGAUGAACUAGAAAGUAAAAAGGCUCAGGAAGUUAUUGGUCUACUUUUAAGGAAACCUGACGAGUCUAAUGAUGAAGUGUUGCAGCAUGUUGAUUUUUCUGUUGUUGGCAAAGCUGUGCAGGAUAUAUCAAAUUCUACUGUAACUGUUUCUAUUGCAUCAGCAUCACCAUUAAACAUUUGCCAUGUUUCUUUGACUGAUGCAGGAAUGUUGUUAGAAUCUGGUGACAUUAUUUCACAGUCUUUAGAUACUGCAUCUUCAUCAAUACAGCUAGAAGAUGGAACAACAGCAUUUGUUCAAAGUUUUGAGCAUGUAGAUGAAUCAGACAGUAGUGAUGCUGCAACAAAAUUUAUUGAUGGCCAAGCGGUUCAGUUGGAAGACGGAAGCACAGCAUUUAUCCAUGCUGCACCUAGAGAAGGACUACAGCCUGUGCAGCUUGAGGAUGGUACUAUGGCUUACUUAUCCCAGACUGGAGCUGAUUUGUUUAACGGUGAAGCAUCUGGAUUGGAUUUGGAACAUCUAACAACUGUGCAGGUGGGGGAAAAUGAUGCAAAAGAGCUCGAUAUCAAAAUGGAGGACAACUUUAGUCAGGUGAGCACCACACGCACACUAGAAAAGGCCUUCCGUUGUCCAUAUGCAGAUUGUCAUAGGCUGUAUACUACAUUGCAUCAUUUAAGGGUCCAUGAGAGGUCUCACACUGGUGAUAGGCCUUUUAAAUGUACUAUUAUGGGAUGUGGUAAAGCUUUUGCAACAGGUUAUGGAUUAAAAAGUCACACACGAGUUCAUACUGGGGAAACUCCUUAUAAAUGUCCAGUGGAUACUUGUCAGAAAGCUUUCAAAACUUCUGGUGAUUUACAAAAGCAUGUUAGAACACAUACUGGAGAAAGACCAUUUAAAUGCCCCUUUAAUGGAUGUGAUCGUGCUUUUACAACGUCAAACAUCAGGAAGGUUCACAUCAGGACUCAUACUGGCGAAAGGCCUUAUAUGUGUAAAGAAGAAGGUUGUGGAAGAGCAUUUGCUAGUGCUACAAAUUACAAGAACCAUAUAAGAAUACACACAGGUGAAAAGCCUUAUGUGUGUGCUGUUUCUGGCUGUAGCAAAAGGUUUACAGAAUAUUCUAGCCUUUAUAAGCACCAUGUUGUACAUACUCACUCAAAGCCUUAUAUGUGUAAUCUUUGUGGAAAAAAUUAUAGACAAACUUCUACUCUAGCCAUGCACAAAAGAACUGCUCAUGGAAUAUUUGAUCAGAGUGAAAACGAUGCAACUUCUCCUACAUCCGAGGAAAAGAAUUGUAGAAAUAAUGAUUCUGAUAAGAAAGCAGAAGAGCCUUUAGAAGUGAAAAAUGAACCUCGGGAUUCUGAACGAAAGCCAGAACAGAAAAGUAUUCUGAAAAGUGCCAAUAUUCAACAUAGUUCUUCUGAAGCGGCUGUAGCUGUAAAUAAAUCAUUUCCAACUAUUGUUACACUGCAAGGAGAAAAUUCAAGUCAGAUACUCCAGGAGCACCCUGUGUAUGCUGUUCAACUUCAAGAAGAUGGUACUUUGUCAACUACCAUGCAACAGAUUGUCCUAGUGACAGAUCCUGCACAGUUAGCAGCCCUUCAGCAACUGGCUCAACAAGGACAAUUUGAUUCUGCUGUAUCUGCAACUGACAGGAAUCCAUCAAAUGUGUCUUAGCUAUUUAUUUAUGUAUAAAUAUUAUGUAUGCAAUAUUUUGAAGCCAAAUAGAAAUGUUUUCUGAUAAACCAAAAAGCUCUUGUAUUUUGAAAUGUAAAUAGUUUUAGAUUUAUUAUUAUACUAGUCAUUGUUUCUGCUCUAGUUUUCUCUUGAAAUAAAAUGUUUGUUCAUAUAUAUAUAAGUAUA